AUGGGCUCGUUGCCGAACCUACACGAGCUCUCGCGGGAAAAGCUGUCGAGCAGCCCGGUCGUCUAUAGGCCGGCCGUCAAGCAGACCCUGCCAGCGGUGGUUGCAUCUUCGGCGGCUUCGACCUCCAGUCACAAGCGCACCCGCAGCACUGGACAUCAUCACCAUCACGCCGCUCAACUCUGGGACAACGAUGCCAUGCUCGAGCACAUGGCAACCUACUCGCCGAUCUCCAACCGAUCGGCCCGAGUGUCGGCCCAACCGUGGCGCCGACGGGACUCGAUGAAUUCCUCCGCCGGCGCCUCGUCGGUCCGCCGACUCAUAGCAGCCGUCCGGGCGGCCCCGUCGGGCCCCAGACCCCCGAAAAAAGCCGUGCUACGCCACUGCGCCGCAGUCAUGCUGGGCCACGCCAGCUGGUCCGCCGCCGCCCUGCCCGUCUUCCCCCAAUCCGCGGGCCUCGGGGUCCUAGACCCCGUCCACGGGCCCAUCUACCUCGGGCUGCUCUUCUCCGUGGCCGCGGUCACCAGCUGCCUCGCGCCCCUCGUCGUCCACAAGCUCGGCUCCAACAUCACCAUCUGCAUCGGCCACCUCGUCGCCCUCGUCUUCGUCGGCGUGCACUUUUAUCCAGAGUGGUACCUUCUGGUACUGGGUUACGGGCUGCUAGGCGCCUGGACCAGUCCGAGUUUCCUGGCGCGCUCCUCCCACGUCAACGUCUCGGCGGCCAACCUCAGUCUGGUCUCCGCCGACCCCGAGGACCCCGACGAGACGAGGCGCGACUGCAUCCUCAGGCGGCUCAACCGCGGCCUCAAACUCGCCGAGGACCUGGGUCUGGCGUUCGGCUGCCUGGUGGCUUACGUGUUGAUCAAACUGACGGACCCGUCUCCCGAGCCUCCACUGGCCGCGUCCAGCCAGCUGGGCAUCGAAGAGACCUGCGGCGCCGAGUACUGUCCCCUCAAGUCCUACGGCUUCUCGAGCGGCACCGACAACGCGACCGCGUCGUACCUGUUGGCACGGCCCACGGCGUUGCCAGUGAGUACGGCGCGCGUCGUUUUGAGCGUCUGGUUGGGUAUGGCGGUGCUCGCCCUCGGCGUGUCCUGCGCCUUCCUCGACAGCCGGCUGCGCGAGCCCCAGAACACCCUCCACGACCGACACAGCCUCGGGGGCUUGAUCAAGCUCGUGACAGGUGCCUUCCAAGAGCCCAUGAUGCAGCUCAUCGCCCCCUUCACCCUCUUCGUCGGGUUCGAGCAGGGGUUCAUCUACUCGGACUUUACCGAGGCUUACAUAAUGUGCGCGCUUGGUGGCGCGGGCAAAGUAGCCCUGAGCUUCCUCAGUCUGGGGCUGUUGCAGGGCCUGGCCGGGGCGACCCUGUCCAUGCUCAUGAGGCACAUCAAGAGGCACUACGUCAUCCUCGUAGGGUUCGCGUUUCACGCCUGCCUGCUGCUGGUCCUGCUGAUCUGGAAGCCAGCGGAGGACGACCCGGCCCUGUUCCACGUGAUAUCCGCAGCCUGGGGUGUCUGCAACGCCAUCUGGGAGACCCUGAUAUACACGCUCAUAAUGGGCCUGUUUCCAAACUCGUGGCAGGGACCGCUGGCGACGUCGCUCUUCUGGCGGUGGUUGGGCCUCGGGCUCUCCCUGGGGGUGUACGGUCUUAACUGCACGCGUUUUCGCGUCCUCGCCCUGGCGGCGAUGCUCCUGCUGUCGGUGGUGCCGUACACCUGGCUGGAAAUACGACUGGCCAAGCGCGGCAAGAUCUCGUGACUCGGUCCGGCCAGUAGCCAACAGUCCGCCAACAAGCAGCAACAGCAGGAGAUGCACCAGCCCAGCAAUAACAGCUCGGGGGCGGCGAUGCACCACCAGACGAGGCGGAAGAGCUCCCACGCGGACUGAGCGAGGCUCGUUCCAUCCGGCACCUCCUCUUGGAGGCGGACGACCCGGUCCAACAGCUUGAACAGCGGCCACCAGAUGCACGGCGCUGCCAACGUUUUCGUUUGCCACACGAGGCAUCCGACCGAACGGAGGGUCAGCACUGGAGCGGUGGCCGCUUUUCGGUUGCACCCUUGA